AUGACAAGACCUUUGAAGGCAUUGCAGCUACCAUUUAAAGUCGUUUUUAACGGUGGUAGGAUUAAGGAAAUCAGUGCCCAUAAUCAGGAUCCUGAAUGGUCCGUAAACAUCAAACGUGGACUGGUUAAUCUGUUUCAAAUCGCACCAGAAAUGAAGUUAGAGGAAGAAAAAGACAAGCAAAUCUUGCACCAGCUUGAGGUUGGAAAUGAUUUCCAGAAUGUUUUAACUGAAAGUAAAUCAGCAACAAAAUAAAAAGAAAGAACUGGACACCGCAUUGAAUUCAUUUGAGUUUGCAAACUUCAACAUGUUUUUUUUUUUUCAGUCUGAGGCUCGUGUCAGUUAGCCCUUUAGGAAAUAUCCACUCAAAAUUUACCUUCAUGAUACUAAUUAGUCCAGUAAAUAUUUUUCAACAGGCUCAAAACUCACUCAUCAGAACAGAUUGGACUUCAAAAUGAAAACGUUAGUGCCUUACGAGCCUCAUCUUCAACGUUUUCCUCGGCAGAACACGGCGGCAUUUUUUUCCUUUGCAACUAACUACCAUAUACUCAAAACUACUCCCUCAGAAACCUCAGUAGGACUGAUGAUACAAGAGUAACAAGGAAGAUUGAAGUGGACAAAUUGAAAAACAAAUGAACGGAAAAUUUUUAACGGAAUUUGACAGUCUCAUAGGGAGAUAGUAAUUACCUUAACCUUAACGAAAAAUACGUCGUAAUUUUUCUUUUCUCUUACAGUCCACAGUAAUGGGUAAUUGCCCAGUGUCCUACGUCAUCAGCCCGGUCAAGAAUCAGCCAGACAAGAAAGACCGAUCUGUUAAAUUGAGCAAGUUAAUAAACUAUGAUCAGUGCAAAAAUCGCCCUGAGUUAAACAGAAACAUAUUUUAUUCGCAGCGUUGCGACGACUGUCAACAGGUAACUCAGAAAAAAAUUAUUGUAAGCUGAUGCGUGCUGUAAAUGGGCUUUCAAAACAAUCUAAUAAUUUUUGAAGUUUUCCUCUCCGAGAACUGCAGUUGCGUGCCUUAACAAUCAAGCGCACUUCUUCAAGCAAGUUUAUAGAAAAAAAUUAACUGUCACUUUUUUGGAGAACCCGGGUAAACUACUAAAGAAGGCUGUCCUAACUUGCACACCACUGAAGCAUGCGCUCUACAGCGUUUGGUGUUGUCUAAAAGUAAUUGCUACAAGUUCACAUUGGAUUACUAGAAUUUCUGCUUCUUUCUGAUUUGUCAAGUGAAAGUGGUUACUAAGGUUUUAAUUAAUGACAGUCCUACAUUUUAACGGUAGUGAUCAAGUCUUUUAGUCUUUUUAAGCUUAAAAGCUGUUGGUAGGACAACAAGGUUGUGGUUUGGGGACGAGACGACUGAAAAACAUCUGGUUCAGUUUUGAUUGUCUGCAGAGGAUCUGCAGAUUUCUGGUAGAUUUUCAGAAGUUUUAUUUUCUUAGUUUUUAUCUGCAAUAACCUUGAAUAGAACAAAAUAUUGUUAAUUAGAAGAGUAAAUUGUCCUACAACAAAUUUUGGGUAACCCUGCAUGCCUUUUCUUACAGGCAGCUAAAUCAUAUUCAGACUGACUUUCAACAUGCCCUUUUAAAAAAUUGUAAAUAGUAUUAUCCUUAGUUCCGCUUUAGGAAUUUACGUUUAUUGUCCUUUCAGAGCAAUGGCCAUGCACCAUACCUUAGCACAAUCGGAAGAGUAGAUCACACUUUGAGAAGUUCCAAUAUUAGUGGCUUCGUCAUCAACAGAACAGAGACUUACGAAGAACACAUCUUCACCCCAUUCUCUCGGUUUGGGGAAGAGGUCAAGUCAUCUGCCAGGUUAAAAAAAAUCCCAUUUAUGUAAUAUGUCAAGCAUGAGACGCAGUGUUUCAUCACCAGAUGAAACACUGAGAAGAGGGUUGAAAAUGCGACGCGCAGCGGAGUAUUUCUGACCAACUUCGAGGUGUUUCAUCUGGUGAUGAAACACUGUACCGAAUGCUUGACAUUACCUCUCAAACAACAUGAUUUUUGAAGGAGAAAUUAAGGAUACAAAAAACGAGCAGUUUUUCAUCUGAUUUCCUAACACUCAUUAAGCAUUAAUUUCCUUUGUAUUUUCUUCAUGAAUUAAUUUGAGUUUGAGAAAGUAAAAUACCAAAUAAAGCUCUUGAAAAUUUUACCCACGAAUGAUGCGUGUUACAAAAUAGUGCUCUGCCUACUUAGCACCUGCAUGAGGCGCUUAUUCUUUUUUGAGAAACGCGUGUGGAAAAAAGAAGGGCAUAAUCACAGACUACGUUGCUAUAAGUUCAGCUCUGUUUUCCUUAUGCUGAUGUUUAACGACAGAAAUGUGAUGUUCAUAUUUUAUGUUCUUUUUCAUAAAAAGACAAGUCUUGCAGUUUAAGAAAAUAGAUGCUGUGGGAAAAGCCUGUGAGUAUAUAUCAUCAUAAUUGUCUUCAAGUUAUCCGUUUUCCGCCUUAUCGUAUAUUAAAACAAAAUACAAUAAGCAGAAGAUGAACAAGAGAAUUCAGCACUUUCAGGAUUCAAUGUUUAUGUGUAUCCGAAGAACUAAACACGCAUAAUUAAUACAUAACUUUUUUCUCAUUAGUAACCGAUCGGACAAAGAAGGUUAACCUUCAAUUUACCGCUGAAGAUCCCAACAAAAGCGCCCGCGAUGAUGUCCAGCUACAAACUCAAUUAGCUCAACAGGUGAGAGAACUGUUAAAGAGCGAUCGAAAAUGAAACUUACGAGUUUAACAAUUCAAUAAUAUUAUACUUUAAUAAAAAAAAAAAAAUUCAAAUAAAAGUGCUCUUCAGUUAGUCGCACUUAAAGAUAUUACUCACGAACUCAAAAGUUAGAACAACAUUGUGUAGGAUAAACAACACAACACAGGAAAGUAACAUUCGUGUGAAUGACAGACCAUCAAAGGAUCAAAACUGAUAUUCUAUCUCUAGUGAGAACUCUACAGCAUGUCAUAUUGUAUAAUAGACAUGGACACUACUCAACAGUCCUUUUAUCUGAUUAUGAUGAUACAGUAUCAGAUUCUUGAGACUGGAGCCACUUGACAACGAUACCUAUAAUCUGAAUGAGGGUUAUAUUCUCUUAUAUGUAGACGCAAAGACUUGCAGAAGAAAUGCGGGAGGCAGUUAAAGAUCCAGGCAGCCAUGAGGCAGCACAAACUUUUAUGGCUCUGAUCCAGCUGCUAAGGAAAAGCAACAGAGACACUCUAGAAAAACAGGCCGAUAGAAUGCUGGGGUCACAUGACUCAACCGAGAGGUAAAGUUAAUGGCGGUUAUAUAUAAAGUAACAGCCGAGCGGCUAAGGAUAUCGUAAAAAUUAUGAGAGGUCAUUUAACAAACUUUCUUAAGCACGGUUUCAUGAAGUUCUUGUCCCUUAACGUAACAAUUUCAACCUCUUUCUAACUACAAACUACUAAAAUACCAACUACCAGUGCUGAGCCAAUGUUCACACAGCUGAAUUUUGGAACAGCAAUUUUAUGGUCUUCAAAAUUCAAUUUAUCCUCAGCUUUAUAACUGACCAUCAUUUAUCUCCUCCCUAAUUUCGCAAGGAAAUAUUUUUUGGACGUCCUAUCUUCUGUGGGAACUUCUGAGGCUUUCCAAGUCUUGAAGCAAAAGAUCCAGCAAAAUAAAAUCAGCACAAAGGAACAACUUAAUCGAGUUUUCAUGGGACUGGCUUUUGCUUCAUCGCCAACCGCUGAGCACAUCAAAACCGUUUCGGUAAGUCAGUAAAACACUUUUCUGUCUGGCUCUGAAUAACCCCACAUAUUUAAAGAAAACAAAUAAGCCAAACUCGCUUGAGCAGGAUUAUCAGUUUGAAACGCAGAGAAAUUGUUCUUAAAAAACUUAAUAAAGACAUAUAAAAAAGGCUGAACAAGAAUUUCUACACAUAGGAACUGAUACUGGCUUGACACAGACUCAAAACGUAGGACAACGGAAAGAAUUUUAACUACAACUAACACGAACUUGCUGUAACUCUCCAAAGGAAACCCCGUUCUAUUUAGUAUUUAGAAUUUUUUCCAGGGGGAUUACUAUACUCGAGUACCUUUGCACACUGAUCCGGCCACCCAGUUUUGAAAUAAUUAUCGUAAUGCUAAUGUCAGUGUGUGGUGUUCUCCUGAAGAGGGCAAAGGGUGUUUUUUACAGUUUUUUGUUAAGUUUAUAAAUAAGAAACAUGUAAAGUACUUUAGCACAUAACGGCUGGAUGACUUCAUGACGAUUGCAGCGUUAGUCACCUUAUAAAUUGUGCGGAUUUUUAGGAACUUUGUCAACAACAACGCGAAAUCAGCAUCCGCCGUCAAUGUUUACUCUCAUUUGGCGCCCUGGUAAACAGGGUUAACGAGAGAGCCAGACUACAACAGGACAUGCAAACAGUCGCUGCUACCCAGGAACAUGUACAGGUAUCUAAAAACAUUUACAGCACAAGUUCUUCAAAAUAACAUAGCAGAUAUUUUUGCAUUAAGAGAUGCUGUCAUUUCGUAAAUCGUAAAAACCAGACGGAAACCUCAGCUUUUACAACGUCCAGAAAACAACAAAAGGAAACGAAUUUUUUUUUUAAUGGUCAUAAUUCUACUUUGUUUUUGUUGUUGUUGCUUCUUUUGCGAACCUGAGAGAAUCAAACAACAAUUUUUUUUCUUAUUUCAAACGAGAAUUGAAUAAAGGUGAAUAGGCAAAGAAAAAGAAACUCAAGCCGGCUCUAUUUAAACGGUGCUCUCAUAAUAUAACUACUUUUUUAAAAGCUAUGAGUCGGUUAUUAAAACGAAGUCUAACUUAGAAAGCGGUUUAGGAAAUCUUUGCACCUCCAGAUCUCCUCCUUAGUGGGUUAUUUUAAGAAGAUAAAUGCUUUUCCAGUUGACGCCAUAUGCUUUCAUGAAACUGUUCACGAUAAAUGGUGUUUACAUAAAAGCGUUCCGCAAACUGAAAAUGGCUUAGCUUAGAGCGGGGGUUUGUCAAACACCGGAUAAACUCCGUUUAAAUAACUGGCCGUAUGUAUUCAAUCGAGUAAAGCAGACGAAGUAAUAUUUCUGGCAUUUUGAACUAACUCGACGCAUCUACGAAGAUAGCGCUUUAAGUCAAUAAGAAUGAACAGUAGUCUGUAAGGUUUAUUUCAAAAACAGCGAUUUUUAACUUUCACAACAGGGGAUACAAAACUACCUCGCAAAUCCACUUACACCGCAACAAGACAGACUUACAGCCGUUAAAGUUCUUGGAAACGCAGGGAGCAUCCAGUCACAAGGACUACUGCUGAAGAUCAUCAAGGACCGAAGCGAGUCAUCACAGAUAAGAGUUAACAGUAUCUGGGCCCUCAGGCGUAUUAUAUCGCAGGCAAAAGACAAAGUAAGCGUCUUUUUAAGUUAUUGAACGUCUGUAUGCGUUUUAUAAGAUGAACAUAAGAGAAAGUCUGGUAGUAUGGUCAGAAAGGAUUUACCUCUGACCCUUUAGUUAAUUGUUAUAAUGUAUGAAAGACCUGCACACACAAGAAAGAAUCCAAUUCUCGCGCACAGGGUGAAAAUGCAUAUAUUUAUGGCUAUUUAGAGAGAGUAAGUCACUGUAAAACGCCAUUUUCUGUAAGUAUCAUGCUGUUGGCUUGCAUAUUACAGGUAGAUGCUGUUAAUUUCAACACUUCAGAGAAUUCAGAUAGAAAACUCUCUAAAGUCAUACACUACAAAAAAAUAUGUCAAACCUACUGGAAGGACAGAGACUAUGGUAAUGAUAAGAAGUGUAGUGAGAUAACAGGCAAGAGAAAACUACCAAUUAUGCACUAGUAACAUCAAAUCAUGCAACUUACAACGGCAAAAAAACAGUGCUUUGAUUGCUGGUAGCCGGCCAAUUAAGUGCUUAUUUGAACGUUACUCUGUUUAUUUUGCACAGAUUUAUCCAAGUCUUAUUUCAACCUUUUCUGAUACGAAUGAAAGUCCAGAACUUCGAAUGGCCAUUUUCCAAUUGCUACUUAACUCCGAGCCUAACAUAACAACACUUCAGUCUGUCACUAAUAUUGUUAGACAAGAGAUCACGAAUCAAGACCCAGGCCCUCGUAGCAACCAAGUUGCAUCCUAUGUAAUUUCUCUACUGUCCUCAGUCGCCAGCAACGAUAAUCCUGUGAUGAAAAAAAGGUAUUGAAGUCACCUUUGACAACGUUUUUACCUACCUUCCCCAAAUAUAAGCAUUUGAAGUAUAAAGCUGAAAGAACUUUCUGAUUUAAUGCCCAAACUUGCAAGAGGCAGUUAUAAGUCAAAGAAAGAGAAGCGCGUCUUUAACAACAAAUGCAAUCUCCAUGGAAUGAGAAGUAACUACUGAUUGAACAAUUGUCCUGGGGCAUUUUGUUUCUAAACAGUUUACAUGGCAUCAGUCUGAUCCUUUUAAAAGUGCUGUUCGCUUUAGCCACGAAAAUGAAAGACAAUUUUCACGAAUACCUUAACAAACAGAACGCAGACAUACAGUUUACCAAGGAGAUCGAGGAAAAUAGUAUAUAGAGCGAUUUUCGUAUGACCUUGAAAUGAAAACGCGCAAACAAAACAGAAACAACAGACAAACGAAAAUAGAGCGAUUUGAUUGGUUUAUCGAACGGAUAUGAACGCGCGUGGCUUUUGGUUGGUUAAGCGAACGCUCGGGUGAAAAAACUUCAUGCCUGAGAACUUUCUAGAAAUCAAUCGAUACUUCGCGUUGACGUCACACUGCAACACGAUUGGCCAAUCGAACAAUGCCUUCUCCAUAUUAGGGUGUUUUUUUGGCGGGAAAACGAAGAGGCCAUGUUUUGACCUUUUCAUCCAUUGGCUGAUAAAACAAAUAACGAACAGUUAAAGAAACAAUUUUUCAAGGUCAUACGAAAAUCGCUCUAUUACCUUUUCUAGACUGCUUGGUCUCUUGCGACAAUAACAGAAAAUGAAAGAAUCAAAAAGGUCAAUUUUGAUUUACCAUUUGCUCAUUCAACUAUCUUAUUGAACAACUGCCAAACACCGCUUAUCAACUGAUUAUUGUUUCAGGGCCAUGCAAGCUCGUGGAGCCUUGCAGUUGCUGCCAAAAAAGAUGUUUGGGCUGAUGAGUUACUCUAAAGGAAUACGAUUGCCUUAUUACACAGGUUUGUUACCAAGGAAAGGAUUAUUAGAUCGAUGUACCAGACUAACAAUAAACCAACUCUUCUAUCAGAGUAAAAAGUUAUGGCAAAGCAAGAGAUUCAAACCACACAAUGUACAACAAACAGAGAGUCCAGGCAUAGAAAAUAUAUAUAUAAAAAAUGUUUUUCCAGUUAAGGCCGAACUGGCAAGGCCAAUUAAAAUUAGUGAAUGACUGAUGGACUACUUUCCUCUUAGUGACCAUGCCCUAAGAUUUUAUAAAUUUACUACACAGUCAAAACUGAAGCUUAGUUUAAGACUUUUUUGACAAAUUACAGGCCUCAAACAUUGUCUUAAGCGUGUUAGUGCAAGAAAGGGAAACUAAUCUGCUGUUUGUUUUUUUAAACAGAAAAAUUCCAGGCCGGAAUCGAAUUUGAAGCAAACAAAAUGAAUGUCCCAGAGAGUAGCAUUCCCAGGAACAUGAAUGCGCGACUAAUGUUGAACCUCUUUGGCUACAAGACAGACGCAAUUGAGGUAAUUUACUCUAUGAAAUGAUAGUCACAGAGGAGCUCCGUUUAUACGGCCCACAGGGCCAUAACAAUUUGGUCAUAUUAGCAGGAUAAUCUCUUUUUUCCCUCGUUUAAUAAAGGUACCACACUGCGAGCUUUAGAAAGAAAAAGGCUAUUAUGGAGGGUAACGAGAUAUUAAGACAAGAUAUUCCAUAAACGCCUUUUGUUGAAGCAUAUAUCUCGUUGUUUCUAAAGAUUUUUUGUUUGAUUAUUUGCCUGUCCUGUAUACAUUAAAGCUUAUAAGACCGUAGGCUGCACUUAUCAGGGUUAUGUAUAGGCAAUGAUUUCUCCGGAAAAAAUUCAAGUAGCUGUAAUAAUUAUAGGUGGCUGUAGGGCACUAUUCCACGGUAUAUAUUAUGACGUAUUGUGGACGAAUACCAAAUUUUAAUUACAAAACUACUAUAAACCAUGGAGUUAAGCCAACAGCUAUUUGGUUAUAAUCUUAUAUUUGAAGCAAAUAAAUAUAAAUUUCUUUCUUUCUUUCUUUUUGUUUGUUUACUUUUUUUCCUUCCAUCCUUCAAUCAUUCUUUCAUUCAUUAGUUUGGCACUCGCAUUGAAAACAUGGACGACACAAUCCUUGAACACCUCACACCGAAUGUUCAAAGGCGAAAAAAACGAUCUUUGUUGGGAUCCGCUCUGUCCUGGUUCACUGAGGGAAGUUCAGCUGGAAAAGCGGUAAGUCCACUUUAUCAGGGACCGCGGAGGGGGAGGGGCUGGUAGGGCCGCGGCCCCACCACUUUUUUGCGCCGCUGCCCCCACUUUUUGAAAAUCAAAUACUAUGAUUUUAUUCCUUUUUUCGAUUUUCAAUAUGAAAAAAUUAUUUUCAAUUGUCAGCCCUCCCACUUUUCACCUUGCUCCGCGGCCCCUGUUUAUUACAUAUCUUCAUCCAAACGCUCACAAGUUGAAACUUGGAAAAGAUGUACCCAAUCGGUGUUUAAACAUAAAUCUAAGCAGAUCAUCCUAUGAAGCAAACAAGGCUUUACGAAUGGGAAAUUCGCCGAAUAGAAACUGCAUAGCUACUUACUAAUCUUAUCUUUAAAUAAUGAAAACUCUUUAAAAUUGCCACAAUCCGCGACGAACCCCCUUGCACUGUUUAAUUUCAUAUACAUAAAGACCUACAGUGUACCACGACCUUAAUGCAGAAAAAACUCGUUCACAUUUCAUAUUUUACAUGACAGAAGCAAGGAAGCGUAUCUACUUACAUAAGGGUGUUUGGUGAUGAACUGAAGUUUGCAGAAAUUUCUCCGGGACACCUUGAUCAGCUCGCGGAUGACGUCACAGACCUGUUGAGUGGAAGGAAAAGCCGAUUAGAACUCAAAGAUCAAGGUAAAACCUAUUUUUAUGCUCCAUGGCAAUCUUUAAAAUAUAACUGGCUAAAUAGAACGCAAUAUUUCGAUUUUUUUUUUCAACAUAGGUAUUGUUAUCUCAAAAGAUAAAGUAACGAUUGAGCAAGCCUUAGAAAAGGCGAUAUUGCUGAAUGAUGCUCGACGCAUGCUCCCCACACUGACUGGAAUUCCGCUGGAUAUACAGUUUACGUCCUCAGCUGUAAUCAAACUGAUCGGAGCCGCAAAAAUGAACAUUGGAAGCUCGCUAUGGGGUUUAUUACCAGAUAUCAGCAAAAUUACCGGCGAUGUUGAGAUAAAACCCAGGUAAUAGUCUUAUUCUUCAAUUCUGUCUACAGAGUUGCCGUAAAUGAUCGAUUAAGCGCCACGGCGCUCAUUUCAUUUUCCCUGUUUUAGGCGCAGCGCUUCUACGAGAGCGGCGCUUAUUCCAAAGCGGCGCUUAAUUGAUUAUAUAGGGUAAACACAGAAUUACCCCAGAGCAAAACAGAUACUACACUGUGAAAGAACUGCUGAAGUGGUUUCAUUUAAAAAUGGCCACACCACGGGAUAUAUUGUCCACAGACUCUAUAAUUUAGACUCAUUAAGGGAUUUUAAAAAAUGUGUGAUAAAUCGACUGUUCUACCUGAUCACUGAAUCAUUGUUGGAAAUGAUGGCCUAAUAUUGCGCCUGUAUUUUAUUUUAGUGUUCACGCCCACGCCGAUGUCUCUGUUGGAAUUCAUACUCCAUAUUUACGUAUGGGGUUACAGCUGAGUGGAAGCGCCAGUGCGAGCCCUGUUCAUAAACUCUACUUCCUAAAUGAUGCUGGAACAAGCAGAGUAAGAUACGACAUACCAAAUGAACGGCGGGAUAUCGUGAAUGUUAAGUAAGUUCAUGCGCAACCUCUUUCUCCUCUGAAUUUGUCUCCAAAGAGGUAAUUUCAAGUUUGUAACUUACUUUCAGGACAGCCACGCAAGGUUUUGUUGAAAGUUUGAACCCGGUAACUUAUGAGCGAGAUAGACAACAGAUUUCUAUGGACCUUAGCGCUCCUCAUCUUAAACAGGUUAGCAAACUAAAAGUAUGAAAUAAGUAUUUCUAAGUCGGUAGUGUGAGCAUCCUGUAUAGACUAAAAUGCUGAAUUUAAGCCAUGUGUUAAACAGAGCUUCUUUGUUGGCUGUCUAAAUGCAUAUAUAUAUAUAUGGGUAUUUCUGAUUUCCAGUUGCACAGUAUCUUCACCUCAUGUCAAGAUAAGUUUGGUGUUCAGUUGUGCGUAGAGGGACAAGUUCCAGAUAUUGCAUCUUUGAGGCUACAAGAAAUCCCAGUAUUAUCCACCAUUGGUCAGACUGAAGUGCGUGUAUCUAUGGGCCCUUCCACUGACAAAACUACGACCAUAGAUUGGACAAACAACAUCGUCAAAAACAAUCAUGAAACAGGUGAGAGGAAGAAGCAGAUAUGUAGGAUUCUUCGUUUCUAAAUUAUCCCUUAAUAUUCAUGAGGUUUCUCUGGUGUAUUUGUUACACAGAAGUGAAAGUUAACGGUCAAAUCAGUUCGUCAAACACAGCCCAAGGAAGAAUCAGUUACAAAGGCACUUACAGAAAAGAAGACAACAGAGCACAACUGAAAAUCGAGUCUAAAGUUUUUGAUGUACGGGGAUACGAAGACUUCACAGUGAACUUUACCGCAAACCACGACGGAUUAAAACUGGAAUUUGGGGACGCGAACCUUCAGUAUCAGAUCAACGCUUCGGGACAAAUUAAGGACCAGGGCAAAAAUCUGCGCCUGCAAACUCAGUGGACAGAGGUGAAACUAACUCAAAUUUUUUUUAAAAAAAAAAAAGGAAAACGAAAUUAGUGAACCACGUGAAGCGUAUUCAAACUAAAACGGCUACCUCCUUUGACGCUUCAUAACGCGCCUAUACUCUGGAAUCUUUAACCAUAACAAAAGGGGUUUUGAACAUAAAAAUGCAGCAAAGCAUAUGCAAACAUAAUCAUGAGUUUUACCAUUCUCAGCGGCACGAUUUUUACCCAUUACGUUCAAUUCUAUUUACAGCUCCCAGAGCAAUGGAAGACAAUAUUUUAUAACUGGCAGCCUCAACUGUGGUACGCCCUCCAGCAGUUUGCUUGGAUCAGACGCACAGAACAGAAAACCAAACAGGUUACGUUUGAACUUCAACUAAUGACACCCGAGACCGCCAAUCUAACUGUGAAAACCCCGGAUGCAGAGGCAGAGAGAGCCAAUCUCGCCCUUCCAAUUACAAUUGAACGCUUACCACAGUCGCCACAGGAUAUCUUCAAUAACUUAUAUGGUAAGAAAGAAAGAAACUGGAGCGAGUGAGUUCUUUUUUUUUUUUUUUUUAGCACUUUUCACACAAAAGGCUACAAACCGACAAAGCACAAGCUGCCAAAUAAGGUUUUAUAGCAAAGGGUUCGAAAACUACAAAGAGAAUUAUGAAGCCUUUUUAAUUCCACUGAAAGUACUCCAGAUUAUAAGUCUUACACUUGUUAACGUUUGUCUACAUUGACCCUUUUAAUAAUAUCCGUAUGAAUGAGUUGCGCACUUGCGACGGAAACGCUUUUUGUAACUUUUGUCUUGCAUCACUGUCUUGUUCAAAUACAAAGCCCCCGCUUAAGCUCUUCUUGUGUCGUUCAUUUUCAGCUCAGUGUGAGGUCACCAACCAGCGCAUAAAAACAUUUGAUGGAGUGCAAUACCAACAUAAUAUUGCAGGCAAAUGCCCCUAUGUAUUGGUUCAGGAGCACAGCAACGACAAAGAGAGUAAACGAGUCGAGGUACGGUACCGCCUUGUGAGAUCAUUCCAAACCAUUUUGAGGUUGCUGCGUUUGAGACUGGGUCAGAAUAGUUGUCGAAGUGCACAAUGGGAUUGUUUUGGGAAAGCUAUCAUUUCUCUCACUGGCUAUUACAAGGUUGCGCAAGAAACUGGGUAACAGGCCCAUAGUGCAAUUCGAAAAAGCACCUACCAAGUUUCAACUGCAGGUUGAAAAUGGCCAAUAAUAAAAUACUUUUUGAGAGUGAAAGCCUGUGGAGUACUUAUCGAAAAAAAGUGAAAGGCGGCCAAAAGCCAGACAACUAAAGGUGGUCGGCGGUUGUCCUACGAGAAUGGCGAAUCUUAGCUUUUUGAUUUUCUUAGACAUGUAUCUCUAUAGGUUGCUUCGUGUUUCACACUUCAAACGUCCGUCACAAAAAUCCAGUCAUUGUAACUACUCUAUAAAGUCGCCUAGAUUUUAAACCGACAGAAAUUAUUCAAGACAUGUGAUACUUUUGUUUCAACAGCUGUCAGUGCUCCUUGACGAGAAGACACAAAACUGGACAGUAAUGGCGUCCAUCUACCCGCAGUACAACGAGACAGUUAAGAUUCAACCAGAUUUAUCGAUCCUGAUUGACGGCCAGAAGAGGGAAUGCAAUCAGACUGUCGCUUGUCAAUUGAAGCAUAGCGGAGCCACAGUGCAAAAGACUCAGACAAGUGAUGGGACAACCCAGAUUCAGAUCAGUUCAACCAAGGUGAGAGACAUAAGACUAGAGUCAUCCAUUAUGCGCCAUUAUUAGUUAUAUUAAUAAUAAUGAUGAUAAUAAUAAUAAUGAUGAUGAUGAUGAUUGUUAAUAUCAUUAAUUAUUAUUCAUUUAAAAUCUAGUUUCCUCAUUUUUGGUUUUGCGUUUUUUUCAAAUAGCUGGGCCUGUAUGUUACGAUUGAAGGUCAGCGGCUUCAGGUGUAUGCCUCACCUCUACUGCGCAGCCGCGUUCGUGGGCUCUGUGGUGAUGCUGAUUGUGAACAGUGGAAUGAGUUCAGAGAUGCACAGACUGACCAAGUAUUUACCACGCUGCAGGAAUUCACUCGGUCAUGGCAGAAAACCUGUUGA